CUACCGAUACUUUUGGUCAGUAUAAGAAAAAACUUUUUUAAACCCGGUAGCCUUAGUCAUUCGAAAAAAACGUCUUCAAAUCCCCACAUGUGCUAUGUGGGUUAAGUUGGUUAUUCCCAUCCUUCUGGCAACUUCCGCUGCCUGUCAUGAACACUCACCCACACCAUACGGCCUCUUGCCAACUGACGGACUCUUCCCGCCCCAACCCAGCAUCCAAUGGACCGGUGGACAGUUCGAUUUUCCUUGCCCAUCUGUAAAAUCUUUGUUCAAGAGUUCCGGCAAGUUCAUUGGCAAGAACAUAAUCGCAACAAGGGCGCAAAUUGUUAAAGACAAUGUGUUCCUAGCUCUCCCACGCUAUCGACAUGGUGUUCCUGCUACCCUUGUGAAAACAGUCAUCAAACCAGGCACUUGUACCACAUCGUUCGUCCCCUUCCCAUGUUGGAACAUGCAAGAGGAGGGAAAUUGCAAAGCCCUUCAAUCAGUUGUCGAUUUGUUUGUUGAUCCCAAUGAGAUUUUGUGGGUGUUGGACACUGGAAUUGUGAAUACUUUAGAGACACCCAUUCGACGCUGUCCACCCAAAGUGGUGGCAAUGAGCAUCAAGACCGGCAAGGUUCUUAAGGUCAUCCCAUUGGACGGACUAACUGCAGCCAAUUCCCGGUUACAAUAUCUAGCUGUGGACUAUGGAGCAGAUGGAGGAUGCUAUGUGUACAUAAGUGAUGCUGCAAAUCGGGCCAUAAUAGUUUACAACAUUCAACUUGAUCGUGGCUUUAGAGUAGUCUUGCCAAAGGCUGUGUCAGCUGGAAGUCGUGCACGUGAUGUUCUUUAUGUGGCACUUGUCCGCCAGGACUGUGGUUCGACUGUGCUUUACUUCACGUAUCUGGGUUCGAAGAAAAUGUUCGCCAUCAAAACGGAUUACCUUCGUACAGGGUGUGCCGAUGGAAGGAUUAUGGAUGUAGGUCUGAAGCCAGCACGAAUAGUUAUUAUUGGAACGGAUAAUGGGUCAGCAAUAUUCUUCCGACACGAAGGCGAAUCGGAAGUGUAUCGCUGGGAUACGGUGACCCCAUUUUUGGAAGCUAAUUUCAAAGCGGUGUAUCGUUGUCCGACGUGUCAGUUAGCCACACAUGCUAUACCCGAUUAUAAGCGGAAUACAAUGCGUGUAUUGCAGAGUAAUUUCCCUGACUAUAUGCAGAACACGAUGGGAUGCGGUGCAACUCAACAGUUAUCAGUCAUGCAAGGGUGUUGGUAGUACACAUAAUUGGAUUGGCAAAAUUAUUGUUCCUCCUCAAUUUUGAGUUGUGGACAUUUUUUAGUGCACGUUAUAAGCAAUCGAAAGGACUGGCGUGUAUUAAUAGUUGUUUUUAACUUUAUUAUAAUAGGUUAGGUUUAGAUAAGAAUUUUAAAGACUCGCAACAACCAUGAUGGUGUCAACCUUUAUUUAUUUAA